AUGGACACGCCAAAUACCUACGGAAAUGGCAUUCCAGGUAAAGAGAAAGUUUUCAAGUAUGAUCCAAAAGUACCGUCUGAAGAGGAGAAGACUACGUCUCCACUUCUCAUUAAAUCUAACGACAUUAAAUACAUUGACUCUGUGAACGAUGAUAAAUAUGACUUAAGAGAAGUGGACAAGUCUAAAAACGAUCUCAAUACCAUAAAUUCUAUGAAAACGGAAGCUAACAAUGUAGGAAACAACCACUUGGCGGUUACUUAUCAGAAGGACGAUAAAAGUGAUGAAGACGCAAAAUCAAAUAAUGAAAGAGUAAAGUUCUUGGGAUUAGGAGAUGCUGAUAGUAUUUGUUCCAGCAACGGCCCACCAGAACCUACUCCUCAGAUACCUGAUGGUGGAUGGGGUUGGGUGGUCGUUGCUGCCUCAUUUCUUAUAGCCACAGUCGCAGACGGACUUGCUUUUUCUUAUGGCUUGCUACAGAUCAAAUUUGUAGAGUACUUUGAUGCAAGUGAAGCUAAAGCGUCGUUGAUUGGAAGUCUGUUUAUAUCGGUACCUUUAAUAGCUGGUCCGAUUAUGAGUGCGCUUGUAGAUAGAUAUGGAUGCAAGAAAAUGACAAUUGUUGGUGGUAUAGUCUCAACUAUAGGAUUUGUUGCUGCGGCAUACAGUAAUACUGUAGAGGCCCUGUAUGUCACAUAUGGUAUAAUUGCUGGUUUAGGCAUGGGAUUAUUGUAUGUAACAGCCGUAGUGUCGAUUGCUUAUUGGUUUGAAAAACGUCGUAACCUAGCCGUUGGCUUGGGAUCAUGUGGAGUAGGCUUCGGUACUUUUGUUUAUUCACCGUUAACAACUUAUUUAUUAGAUGAGUAUGGAUGGAGAAGUACCCUAUUACUCUUAGCCGGUACGGUACUUAAUGUUUGUGUAUGUGGUGCUGUAAUGAGAGAUCCAGAAUGGCUUAUUUUAGAACACAAAAAGCAGAGAAAAUUAAGCAAAUCAAAAAGAGCCUCAAGUUCCACAUCAAUAUCAGCGAAAUCAGGAGGCGGCGAAUCUACGUAUCCUGAUGCUGAAGAGCUUAAAACUAUAAUUAAUAGUGGUGAAACCCCUGAACACGUACUUGCUGCAAUUGUAGCAGCUAUAGAAGAGGCAGAAAAUAUAGAAGCAGUAACAAAAAUGAAUGCAGAUUUAUCAAGUCAACAUAAAGUGAAUUCUGUUAUCAACCUACCAACGUUUUUAAGACAGCACGAAAAGGUGCCACCCGAAGUUCUAGAGCAGCUGAAAUCAAAUGAGCGUCUUUACACUAUAAUUCUGCAGAAUUACCCUUCAUUGUUGGCUUUAAGAAGUUCUUCUGAGACAAAAUUGCCUACUGGUUCAAAUAAAGAGAAACUCAAGAAAAAAGAAAAAAAGGAUUUCGACAAGAAACUUGAAAAAGUUAGAGAAAAAUUGCUUCAACCGAUCCCAGAGAAUAAUACAGCGGUUAUUCCUCCGAGACGUCAAGAUUGGUUUUCAAAACAAUUUCAAACUGACCAUAACUAUUUAAAAGAUAUUCGGGUGCAUCGUAACUCUAUAAUGCACCGAGGUGCUAUGAUGAAUAUUGCUAAAUAUAAAUUGCGAGCUUCAUCUUGCCCUGAUAUUUAUAAAAAUUCUGUGUGGUCAAUGGAAGAGCCAGAAGAAAAGACAUGGGGCAAAAGGUUCCUCAAAUUGAUCAACAAAACUUUUGACUUCAACAUGUUUACGGAAUUCCAUUUUUUGAUGAUGAAUUUGUCCACUUUGGUGUUAUUUGUAUGGUUUAUAGUACCAUAUUUCUUCAUAGCUACCUUCAUGGAAGAUAAUGGAUAUACCGAAACUCAAGGAUCAUUGAUGUUGGUUAUUUUUGGAAUAGCAACCAUAAUUGGAAUUGUUGGCCUCGGCUGGAUAGGGGACUUGCCCUGGGUGAACAUCACAAAAACUUACGCUGUGUGUUUGGUUUCUUGUGGAAUUACAAUACUUUUGUAUCCAAUUUUGAUACAUAUUAUGGAUUCGAAGGAAAAUUACAGCUUUUAUAUACUAGCCAUCAAUUCUUUGAUAUUUGGACUAACAUUUUCAAGUUCAUAUUCCUAUACACCAAGUAUAUUAGUAGAAUUGAUUGCUUUAGAAAGGUUCACUAUGGCGUAUGGAUUGGUGCUUCUAAGUCAAGGAAUCGGUCACUUAAUCGGACCACCUAUGGCCGGUGCUUUAAAAGAUAAAACUGGAUACUGGGACGCGGCCUUCUACGUAGCCGGCAUAUGGGUAAUCGUUUCCGGUCUUUUGGUUGCAGUGAUACCAUAUACGAAGAACUUCCGAAUAAUAGGCAAUGCCCCGUUAGCUAAAGACGUUGCGGUGGACCCAGAACCUGGAAUGAAAAUUAUUAUAGCUCAU